AUGGACCGACCAAAUUUUAACCCGCGGCGGUCUGUAGAUAGUGCUCGCUCGGCUUCCUUCACCACGCCUGCUUCCCCCACUGCUACUGCUACACCUGCCUCACCUCUCAAGCCCAAUCUCAAUCCCAAACCCUACUCCUCGCCGUCGCCUUCUCACUCCGCCGUGAACACCACCACUUCCUCCUCCUCGCCGACGCCGCCUGCCGAACACACCCCUCUGCCGCGAUCGAGACCUGGUCGCUCCGUCUCCCACUCUCUCAACAUUCCCUCCUCUGCCAGCAGGAAGAGCCGACAUGCUGAGCCUGGAACGACCGAUGCCCACUCUGCAACCGCUAGCCUCUCCAUGCCCCCGCCCUCUUCGAUCCCUUUAAAAAGCCCUCGAAGUUCUCUCAGCCGCAGUCGCCGAGAGUCGAACAACUCGCUCGACGCUUGGAGCGACUCCAUUCUUCACGUUGCCGACGCAGACGACCUCGAUACCCCCCGCCUUACGUCCACUACGCCUGGCUUUGGCUCUGGCUCCGGUUCUGGCUCCGCCGCCCACAACCACCAAGAUCCCACCGCCCCAUAUCGUCCCCUGCCCGAACCCGCACUCACAGCCCGCUCAUCCUCUUCGUCCGAGUCGGAACAAAAACGCACCUCCGUUUCCAGCGUCUUCUCCGUCUACUCGCUGGCCUCGGCCCGCGGCGUCGUUCCCUCCUCCUCCUCCACGGCUCCCGCCACCCAAUCCUCGGCCGCUUCCACCAACGGCUCCGACGCCGGCCCUUCGCGCUCCGUUUCCGCAAUCAUGUCGUCGGGAAAACCAGUCACCAAUGCCUCUCAGCAGCCUGGCCCCGAGCUUUCCAACGUCACCGUCACCACCUCCUCCUCCAAUGGUCAGCACGCCAACGCUGCCCCCGGCGCUCACCACCUGACGCCCCGCGAUACCAAUACCCACAGUCACCACGAGGUCAUCAAGCGUCCCCCUCGUCCCGACAGGCCUCAGCCUACUCGCUCCCGCAGUCGUAACAAGCGCAGGCUCAGCGCCAGUACUGGCGCCAGCAGCCACAGUCCCAGCAGCGAUCGAGGGCUCUUCCAAAACAAGGAGAAAGAAGAGGGUCAGUCAAGAGAUACAAGCGCGCCUCGACAACGUGUGCCGACAGGCUCUAAUGCACCUGCAGUCAAGCCCGCGCCUUGGGGUGUGAUUGGGGUGUGCGCUUUGGACAUCAAGGCCCGCAGCAAGCCCAGCAGGAACAUUUUGAACCGCCUCAUAGCGAAUCGCGAGUUCGAUGUCGUUGUUUUUGGCGAUAAGGUCAUCCUGGACGAAGAGGUUGAGAAUUGGCCUAUGUGCGACUACCUCAUCUCAUUCUACUCGGAUGGCUUUCCUUUGGACAAGGCCAUUGCGUAUGUCAAGGCUCGCAAACCUUUCUGUGUUAACGAUGUGCCGAUGCAAAAGAUCCUCUGGGAUCGUCGUCUCUGCUUGAACAUUCUCGAUCGCAUUGGCGUCCCUACGCCGGGUCGAAUCGAGGUCAACCGCGAUGGCGGCCCCAAGAUCCUAACCCCCGAGACAGCUAAGCACAUCAAGGAAAUCACGGGCAUCACCAUGGACCCCGAAGAGCUGGGGUAUAACAGGCUACCCCGCAAGGUCGAGCUGCUGGACGACGGCGAUAUUCUUAGCGUUGACGGCACUUUACUCCGGAAGCCUUUCGUCGAAAAGCCCGUCAGCGGCGAGGACCACAACAUCAUAAUCUAUUUCCCCAAGUCUACCGGCGGUGGCGCCCGCAGGCUCUUUCGGAAGAUUGGCAACAAGAGCUCGGAAUACGACCCGGACCUCAACAUUCCUCGCGCUAUUCUGGAGCCCGAGAACAGCUACAUCUACGAAAAGUUCAUGCGCGUCGACAAUGCCGAGGACGUCAAGGCCUACACUGUUGGCCCCAACUACUGCCAUGCCGAGACUCGCAAGUCGCCCGUCGUUGACGGUGUUGUCAGGCGUAACACGCACGGCAAGGAAUUGCGUUACGUGACGGCCCUGGACUCCGAGGAGAAGGAAAUUGCCAGCAAGAUCUCGACCUCUUUCGGCCAGAGAGUCUGCGGGUUCGACUUUUUGAGGGCUGGUGGCAAGAGUUAUGUGAUUGACGUCAACGGUUGGAGUUUCGUCAAGGACAAUGACGAUUACUAUGACCAUUGCGCCAACAUUCUCAAGGAAGUCUUUGUCAAGGAGAGACUCCGAAGAGGCGGUGUCACCUCCCCCGCGCCGUCUCCGGCACCUUCAGACAUGACGGACCCUCUGGCAUCGCGGGGUAAGGAGCGGGAGUCGCAGCCAAUCCCUGUGCCGCCGACCCAAAACAAGUCCUUGGGCAGCAUGUCGGCCGUCUCCGAGAAGCUGCCUCAAGAGCCGAAGCCCGCGCCCACCAGUGUACCCACCCAAAAGUCAGAGAGUGCACUCACUUCGGCCGUCACCAGCUCUUGUACCAGUCCGACGCUUCCACCUCCGCCUCCUCUGGUUGACCCUGCUGUAGCAAGUGUUCCUUCCACGACAGGAUCAGCCACGCCGUCCGCUGCGCCUUCUUUGAAAGGAGAAGUAACGGCCCCGCCGCCCGAAGAGACUCCGGUGCCGCCGCCGCCGCCGCCACCGAAGCACUCUUGGAAGCUCAAGGGCAUCGUGUCUGUCAUUCGUCACGCGGACCGUACGCCGAAGCAAAAGUACAAGUUCACUUUCCACACAGCACCUUUCAUUGAACUUCUCAAAGGCCAUCAGGAGGAGGUGCUUCUGAUCGGCGAGGCAGCUUUGGCCAGUGUGCUGCAGGCCGUUGAUGUUGCCUUGAAGGCUGGCGUGGAAGACCGCACCAAGCUGAAGUCGCUUCGCAACGUCCUGGUUAAAAAGGGCGGAUGGGCCGGCACCAAGGUGCAGAUCAAGCCCAUGUUUCGGAAGAAGAAGACGGAAGACGUCGCCGUUACGUCGGGCGACGAGCUCUCGCAAGUCUUGAAAGAAGGCGUCGAGACGGAUUUCGCAGAAAAACCCGAGGAGGGUGCCGUCAAGACGGAGAACUCAUCGCCGUCGAGGAUGCCGCCCAAGAGGCACGACUCUCUUUCGGGCGUUACCAUGUCUCGCAUCACGGCAGCGGAGGAAAGCCUAGUCCUAGACAAGCUUCAACUUAUUGUCAAGUGGGGUGGCGAGCCCACCCACUCGGCGCGGUACCAAGCCCAGGAGCUUGGCGAGAACAUGAGAAACGACUUCAUCCUGCUCAAUCGCGAUGUGCUCGACGAAGUUCACGUCUUCAGCAGUUCCGAACGUAGGGUUACCACCAGCGCGCAGAUAUGGACGUCUGCUUUCCUGGACCGUAAGGACCUCCCCGAAGACUUCAUCACGAUCCGCAAGGAUCUGCUCGACGAUUCAAAUGCCGCCAAAGAUGAGAUGGAUAAGGUGAAGAAGAAGUUGAAGGGCCUGCUGCGUAAGGGCAACGAACGACCUCCCCAAUUCGCUUGGCCCGAGAAGAUGCCUGAGCCGUCAGAGGUCCAGACCCGCGUUGUUCAGUUAAUGAACUUCCAUCGCCGCGUCAUGCACUACAACUACGCCAAGCUGCACAACGGCAGCGCCGUCGCGUCGUUGAACAAUGCCAUUGCCAACCCCGGCACGGAAAAGCCUGCCGGCGGAGACGGCUCGGCCUCGACAAGCUCCACUUCAUCCUCGCUAUCUCAAGCAAACGCAGUGAGCAACAUACAACCUAGAUGGUGUUGUGGCGAAGAUGCGGAUCUCUUCCGGGAGCGCUGGGAGAAGCUCUUUGCGGAGUUCUGUGACGGAGAAAAGGUCGACCCUAGCAAGAUCUCCGAGCUCUAUGACACGAUGAAGUUCGAUGCCCUGCACAAUCGGCAGUUCCUGGAAUGGGUCUUUACACCGCCCAAGGCCAUGUUGGAGGAAGAGUACGGCGUCAGGGAGAAGGAGAGCAAGGAUGGCAGCAAGGACGGCGGCAAGGACGGCAAAGCUGCCGAGAAGACCGCGGACGAGGGCAAACCCUCCCAAGACUCGCGCGAGGAGCGACGGGAUGUUCCGGGGUCCGGCGAUAAGGCAGAGAAGAGUGAAGCCAGCAAAAGCUCGACUUCCGUCCGGCGCAUCUUCCGACGGCGGUCAUUCCUUAACGGUCUGCGACACGCCGAGGAAGCCCCGCCGGAACAGUAUUUCCACCUUUACAAGGGCAACACGCAGACCAAGGCCAAGACUGACGCUCGGUUUGAGCCGCUGCGGGAACUUUACCAGCUCGCCAAGGUGCUCUUUGACUUUAUCUGCCCGCAAGAGUACGGCAUUUCUGAUGGCGAGAAACUGGAGAUUGGUCUCCUGACGUCGCUGCCGCUGCUCAAGGAGAUUGUGCAGGAUCUUGAAGAGAUGCAGGCGUCGAACGAUGCCAAAUCUUUCUUCUAUUUCACCAAGGAGUCCCACAUCUACACCCUCCUCAACUGCAUCUUUGAAGGCGGCAUCGAGACAAAGAUCAAGCGAAGCACCAUUCCCGAGCUCGACUACCUGUCGCAAAUCUGCUUCGAGCUGUACGAAUCCGAGACCAAGGCCCCCGCCGACACGCCCGAUGGCGGAGAGGAGCAGACGUUUGCCUACAGCAUCAGAAUCACCAUCAGCCCCGGUUGUCACGUCUUCGACCCUCUCGAUGUUCAAUUAGACAGCAAGCACUGCAUUAGCUGCGCCCCACGACGCAGCCUGUCCCCUCAUAGCGACUGGAUGCAAGUGAUCCGUACCUUGAGGGCCAAGUUUAACCAAGUCAAGCUUCCCAAGACGUUUCUCGCCAUCAAUCUGUCGGAUCUCUUCUCAAUCGAAGACAAUGAAAAACGGGACAGUGACAGCGAAGGAUUGGAGAUGAAGUCGUUGCACCCCAAGCCAAAGACCACAGCGGGGCAAGCAGCCGUCCCACAGAAGGAGACUGAGACCGAAUCCGAGGAGUUUAUCAAAGCCGGCCAAGCUCUCGCCUCGGCAUCGUCCGUUGUAAUGGAGCCCGACAGCCCCGUGAGCCCAAGAACCAGACAAAGCGCCUCCGCCUCUGAGACCGAGACCAUAUCUCAGGUGACGGAGCCCAGCGAGCAAUGA